UCGUACACCUGGCCAUUUCUGCCCUAAUUUUUCUCCCCGGCAGUGGGAAGAACAGAGCAGCCGCUAUGAGGAACAGUGACCGAUGGUGAGCGAGGCGAUUCCCAGCGAUGGUGAAGAAAGAUCGCAGCAAGAAGCGGCGGCCGUGGAAGGAGAGGCGUCCUGCAGCUAUAAUCUCGUGAAGAAGAUGAAGAAGCUGGAUCGAGAAUCCCUGAAAACCCCAAUCCCCGGCGGAGAGGAAGAGGAGGACGAUGACGAUCAAUUCAUGGAUCCAGCAUUGUGGGGAUGCCUCCCGGAGGAUCUCCACGACAGAAUCCUGGCCCGGCUCCCAAUCCCCAGCUUCUUCCGGCUCCGCAUCGUCUGCUCGCGCUGGCAAUCCCUCCUCUCCUCCCCGACAUUCCUGGGGCACUGCGCCGCCAAGAAUCACCAAUCCUGGCUCCUCAUGUUCGCGGACGUCCACUACAAGCUCGUCUUCGUCUACAUCCCGGACGAAGAUCGCUGGCUCCAUUUCCCCCUCUCCUUCCUCCCCUCCAACAUCUACUACAUCACCGGCGCCGGCGGAUUGCUGUGCUUCCGCCUCGUCGAGGCAAACGGCGCCUCGAGCAUGUGUGUGUGCAAUCCAAUCACGCGAUCCUGGCGCCGCUUGCCGCCGCUGCUGGGAGAUUUCUACGCGGGGCUUGUCGGCAUGGUCGCCGAGAGCGAGGACCCUAGAACCCUAAAAUCCGGGCGAUACCGCAUUGUCGUACGGACAAAGCCGCCCGGAUCGGACGACUUCGAUUUCACCAACCUGCGUACGGAGGUGUACGAUUCGGCCAGUGGGCACUGGUCAAUUAGUGGCGUACCGGAGGACGACCUCACCAUGGGCAAGGCGGUGUGUAACGGCGUCCUCUAUUUCAUGACGUGGGAAGCGCGAAACGGGGUAUAUGCUUUCCUCGUGGACCAGGGAAUCUGGAUCAACAUUAACGCGCCGUGGCCCUAUUUCUUUACGUGCCCCCAUUUGGUGGAAUGCGCGGGCGCGCUCUUCAUGGUGGGCGGGUUUGGCAAGCAGCAUGUUUCCACGGUGGGGAUUAGGGUUUGGCAGCUUAGGGCGGAGGCGAUGGAGUGGGAGCUCAUCGAUUCCAUGCCCAGCCGCCUCUUCGACGAGUUUCUCACCAAGCCGGGAGGGAUGUACUUCGAUUGCGCGGGCAAUGGCGGGUGCGUCUACUUCAUCAAUUACGAGAAGCCGCCAAUGCUCAUCGUGUUUGAUGUGGUGCGAUGCCUGUGGAGGAAGCUGGGAUCGCCGGCGCCCAAUGUGUUGCACAAGAUGUUCCUUUGUUUCUCCUUCACACCCCAGCUCGGCUGCCCGAUUUGAUCGGUCCGGUCCAGUCUCAUUUUUUUAAAAUGGGUGUUUGGCGCCAAAGUUCUCGGGCGCCCGAUAUGGCCCAUUUUAAGUUGUGGACCACAGUUCUGGCCAUCAAUCGAGCUUGCGACUUCCCUCUAAAAGUAUUAUGGCAAUGGCGUCGAUUUCUUGGGCUACAUUAUUUCACUCCUCUAUUGUUUGUUUCGAUUUUCAUUGAGCUUUUGUGGUGUAGAUUUCUGCCUUUCGCUUUGAAGAUGGAACUCUCGUGAAUCUA